AUGAGCUCUGUACCGAGCGGGCGCAGGAAGCGCUCCCGCGCCGCCGCCUCCAUCUUCCAGGGCAGCAAGACCCCGCCGCACGGCCGCGACGGCGAGCGGCGGGGCAGCGGCUCCGAGAGCGCCUACCAGACCCAGCGAACCCUGGAUGACUGCAAGAUGCUUGUCCAGGAGUUCAAUACGCAGGUCGCUCUGUACCGGGAGCUGGUCAUUUCCAUUGGGGAUGUCUCAGUCACCUCUCCAUCUCUGCAUGCAGAAAUGCACAAAACUCGAACCCGGGGAUGUGAGAUGGCCUAUCAGGCUCAUCAAAAACUAGCAGCCAUUUCUGGCCCAGAAGAUGGUGAAAUUCAUCCUGAAAUCUGUAGACUAUACAUCCAGUUGCAGUGCUGCUUAGAAAUGUACACAACAGAAAUGCUUAAGUCCAUAUGUCUGCUAGGAUCACUGCAGUUUCAUCGGAAAGGAAAAGAACCUUGUGCUCCACCCAAGAUCCUAGAUACUAAAGUGGAGGAGAGUUCCGAAGUACCUAUUUUAGAAGACACGUCAUCACCACCAUCAGAUAUUCCACAGCAUUUAUGGCAGGUUUCCACAGAUAUCGAAAACACUGACAGAGACAUGAGAGAAAUGAAAAACCUUUUAAGUAAACUCAGGGAGACUAUGCCUUUACCACUGAAAAAUCAAGAUGACAGCAGCCUCCUAAACUUGACUCCGUAUCCAAUGGUGAGAAGACGGAAGCGAAGAUUCUUUGGGCUGUGUUGUCUCAUCUCAAGUUAA